UCAGACAAGCGACUACAUGUUUAAUUGCUGCAUGAAUGCAUAUAAAUGCAUAUGCCCUUAUUGUUUUUCCUCCUAAUACAUUCUUAAAUCUAUCAUAUAUAAGUGCUUGCUUUCUUGCUUGAUUGCAUUUUGUUGUUUUUCCUUUGUUUUUAUGAAAGCAAAACAAAAGCGGUUGAUUCUGAGCUUGGAUAUAGCAGCUUAGGCCUCGUUUGAGGCAGAGGUGCCAGAGGAGGAGGUGAAGACGAGCUAAUAAUAAUUUAGAAUAAUUGAUAAAGGAAAAGGAUGGAGCUUAUGCAGCUGUUUGUGACGGCCUCAAUUCCGGUGUUGAAAGUGCUUUUGAUAACAGCACUUGGCUUAUAUCUUGCUCUUGAUCGUGUCAAUAUUUUGGGGGAAGUUACUAGAAAGAACUUAAACACUGUUGUAUUUUAUGUAUUCGGUCCUGCUCUGGUGGGUUCCAACGUUGCGCAGACAAUUACGUAUCAAAGCAUGGUUAACAUGUGGUUCAUGCCUGUGAAUAUCCUCAUCACAUUUGUAAUUGGUUCCAUGCUCGGAUGGCUUCUCAUUCAAUUAACAAGGCCUCCUGCCCAUUUGCGAGGCCUUGUAUUGGGUUGCUGUGCUGCAGGUAAUUUGGGUAUGAUGCUCCUCGUUAUAGUCCCAGCAGUUUGUAUAGAAAAAGGGAGCCCAUUUGGAGCUUCUGAUGUCUGUCACAUGUAUGCCAUGGGUUAUGCUUCACUCUCAAUGGCGAUAGGAGCCGUUUAUUUGUGGUCCUAUGUGUAUAAUAUUGUGCGGAUAUCUUCAAGAAGGGGCACCCAAGAUUCUAAUCAGUCCUCCGAGAUGUCCUCUACAUCCGACCAAGCGACGACUUCAGGUCAACUAAAGCAACGUAUAGUGAUGGUGUUGAAAACGAUCAAUCUGAAAACUAUAUUUGCCCCUGCAAGUAUUGGAGCGCUUGUUGGUUUUGCCAUCGGAGUCAUCCCUCAGAUUCGAAAAUUACUGAUAGGAGAUGGUGCUCCUCUACGGGUGAUUCAAGAUACUGCUCAUUUGUUGGGAGACGGAGCCAUCCCAGCUCUCACUUUGAUAAUAGGAGGAAACCUACUUCAAGGUUUGAGAGGGUCAGGGAUUCAGAAAUCUCUUCUCGUUGGCAUCAUAGUUGUUCGUUAUGUUGCCCUGCCUCUUAUAGGCAUCUUGGUUGUUAAAGGGGCACUGAAAUUUGGGUUGGUGCACUCUGAUCCAUUAUAUCUGUUUGUUCUUCUGCUUCAGUUUUCACUCCCACCUGCGAUGAACAUAGGAGUAAUGACGCAAUUAUUUGGAGCAGGAGAGAAUGAAUGUUCAGUUAUCAUGAUGUGGACUUAUGCUUCGGCUUCACUGUCACUUACAUUCUGGUCCGCCGCCUUCAUGUGGCUUGUGGCGCGACUGUGAAUCAAAAUUUACAUGAAUUCUGUCUAAUACAAGUGUAGGUAAUUUGUCAGAAGAAAUAUUACGAAGCUCUCCGAGUCCGCCGGGAAUUAGGAAGCUCGCAGUUCAGUUCCUUCCCGUCAUCGGAUUGAACAUGCAGAGCCAGAUUCGACUCCACAGGCUACCCAGAUGACGCAUCUAGUGGUUUGUGGCUACGAUUUGGUCAGAGAAGUAAAAAUGGUGGUGACUGGUUCUCGGUGGUUUAGAGAGAAGGCAGAGGAGUUCGAGUGAUAGAGAGUGUCACAUGUAUAAUGAGGGAAGGAUAUGAGAGGGGAGUCCUUAUCAAUUAUAACCAAAA